AUGUCGAAUAGGAAACGUUUGCUUAAUGACGUGGACACCGAAAUGGCAAAACGGGGUGUUUGGCUUGUAAAGGUUCCACGAUAUCUAAGUGAACUAUGGGAGGCUAAUGAAGGAAAUGUUGUUGGAAAAUUAAAAAUCGGUGAACAAGUCAAAUUUCAUACCCAACCAGGAUUGAAGCAACCAAAACCGAAAAACGAUGAGCCGGCCACAUCAGUGGAUAAAUCGUCUUCUGAAAUUCCCACCGAAUAUUCAUUUUUGCUUCAUGAUAUUAAAAAUCAAACAAUGUCAGUUUUAAGCGAAGACAAAACUACAUUGGGAAGUGAUGCAAGUGUCAAAACGGGAAAACUUGCAAUUGAAGGAAGAAUUGUGAAAAAGGCUGAGUGUCGCCCACCAGCAACCCUAAAAUACCUUCAAAUGAAACAGCAACACAUUGUAAAAAAUUUGGAGCCAAAGAAAAAAGUCAUUCUUAUUGAAAAGGCGGCUGUUAGCUAUAAGCCUGUGUCGAUUCAUGCCGAGGAUCUUGUUCGUCAAAAGCAAAAGAAGGAAGGAGCAAAAACGUUUAGAGCUGAUCGCGAUUUAUUAAGACAAGCAUUAUUUAACGCGUUUGAGAAACAUCAAUACUACAGGCUUCAUGAUCUACAACAACUUACAAAGCAGCCAAUCAAUUAUGUAAAGGAAAUUCUUCAAGAAAUCGCUGUUUAUAACACUGCCCCUCCUCAUAAGAACAUGUGGGAAUUGAAACCCGAAUAUCGCAAUUAUCAAAUUAAUUCAUCUGCUGCGCCGUCGUCGUGA